AGUGGGAGUGAUAGAAAGAGUGUAGAGAGAGAAGACUAGGUCCGGCGAAAUCUCAGGUAGGAAAUGCUUCAAUUCUGUAGCCGUAUAUGCAUAUACCUUGCCGGAGAAGAAGAACGGAAACUACUGUUAAAUCCAUACAUACGAUACGAUGAACAACGUUGUUAGAGAAAAAGAAGCAUCAUCGAUCCAAACAAUCGGCACAACUUCCAGAUCUCCCGCGGAUAUGCCUCCUCGUCAUAGAACUACCUCUUCUUCGCAUCCUCUUCCUUUAGUCGUAACUUUAAAUUGUAUUGAAGACAUCGCCUUCGAACAACAAUGUCUUUCCGGAGUCGCUGCCGUCGAGCACGUUUCUCUCAGUCGUUUACUCGAGGCUAAGAUUGAAUCCGCCUCUGCUGUUCUCCUCCACUCACUUGCGUUCCUUCCUCGUGCAGCACAGCGCCGUCUUCGUCCUUGGCAACUUAUACUCUGUCUUGGAUCCUCCGAUCGCUCCGUCGAUUCUGCACUUGCUGCCGACCUAGGACUCCAUCGUCUUGUCCAUGUCGAUGUUUCACGUGCUGAGGAGGUUGCUGAUACUGUUAUGGCUCUUAUCCUUGGUCUUCUUCGGCGAACUCAUCUCCUUUCGCGACAUACACUGUCAGCUUCGGGCUGGCUUGGCUCGGUGCAGCCGUUGUGCCGAGGGAUGAGACGUUGUCGCGGACUUGUGUUGGGUAUUGUUGGCAGAUCUGCAUCUGCAAGUUCUUUGGCUACUCGAAGCUUGGCUUUCAAGAUGAGCGUGCUCUACUUCGAUGUUCAGGAGCAAUUUAAGCAGGGGAAAGGAAAGUUGAACAGAUAUUCCACACAGUUUCCUUCUGCUGCCCGAAGAAUGGACACCCUUAAUGAUUUGCUUGCUGCAAGUGAUCUUAUUUCUCUCCAUUGUACUCUGACAAAUGACACUGUUCAGUUAAUCAAUGCAGAUUGUUUACAACAUGUCAAGCCUGGUGCGUUCCUUGUGAAUACAGGAAGCAGUCAGUUGUUGGAUGAUUGCGCUGUAAAGCAGCUUCUAAUCGACGGUACCCUCGCAGGCUGUGCUCUGGAUGGUGCUGAUGGCCCGCAAUGGAUGGAAGCAUGGGUGAGGGAGAUGCCCAAUGUGCUGAUACUUCCUCGAAGUGCAGAUUAUAGUGAAGAAGUAUGGAUGGAAAUAAGAGAAAAAUCUAUUUCAUUGUUGCAAAUGUUCUUCUUGGAAAAUAGUUUUCCCGCGAAUGCUGUAUCAGAUGAGGAGGAUGAGGAAGAAAGUGAAUUAUUGUUUGAAAAUGAAAUAGCUGAUAAACAAGAAAAUGAUGGUGCCCCAAAGAGUACUUUUAGUGAUCCUUGGACUGGUGUCAUUGAUGAAAACCAAGAAAGCUCCCAGAGAAGCACCACUAAGUCAAAGGAGUCUCCGAGUCUAAAUCAAGGUGUAGUGUCUGUAAACCCUUCUACUAGAUCAGAAGGGAAACGUAGUAGAUCUGGUAAGAAGGCAAAAAAAAGGAAUGCCCGCCAACGAUCCCAACAAAAAUCAGAUGAUACUUCUGCUUUAGGGAAAGAUAGUACCUCUCAGCAUGACGAUGAUACUGCAAUGAGUUCAAGUUCACGGUUUGCUUCUCCUGAGGAUUCAAGGAGUAGGAAAACUGUAAUUGAAUCAGUAUCACCAUCAUCUUCAGGGACAAUCCUUAAACCAAAUGUGAUUCCUGGCAAAGAAUCUAGUGAACUGCUGAAAGAGGGUUAUGUUAUAGCACUUCAUGCAAGAGAUCGAUCUUCUUUGCAUGUUUCUAGACAAAGGGUUCAGGGUGGUGGUUGGUUCCUAGAUACAAUGUCAAAUGUCACUAAAAGAGAUCCUGCAGCCCAAUUCCUGGUUGUUUAUAGAGACAAGGAUACAAUUGGACUAAGAUCUUUCACAGCUGGUGGAAAGCUGUUGCAGAUAAAUAGGAAGAUGGAAUUUGUUUUUGCCAGUCACAGCUUUGACGUGUGGGAGAGUUGGACAUUUGAAGGUUCUCUUGGGGAAUGCACACUCGUCAACUGUAGAAAUCCAUCGGCUGUUUUGGAUGUACGCAUUGAGAUUCUAGCAGUUGUAGGCGAUGAAGAUGGUGUUACUCGUUGGCUUGAUUAGGUAAAAACAGAUUUUCUGAAAUCUUGUAACUUGUAUGUAAAAAGAAUUAAUCUAUUUUUUAUGUUUCUUGAGUUGUUUUAUUGAUUCACUUUCAUGCCAAGGCACAAUUGUUGUGUUCUCUAGUAUGCCUCAUUUCGGGUUUUUCUUCUUUUCA